AUGGGUCAACUGAUUACUUGCCUAUCCAAAGUUUUAGAUAACACAGGAGAUGCAGUCACAAGUGUAGAUCUGUUUGGAUCACCAAUCAACAUUAAACAUAAUAAGAAUGACCAAUUCAAGACAAAAGUAGGAGGUGUAGCCACUAUGAUACUCUUUGUUUUAACAUUGAUGUAUACUAUCUACCUCAUAGAAGUUAUGAUUACUAAGGAUAGGAAAUAACUUCUCAUAUCAUUUUUCAAUAAGAGACUUGUCAAAAGAUCAUGAUCACCACUUUCCUGGUCAGCAUGGAUUUGAUCUUGCUAUUGGGUUUAGACUUGACAACACAAGUCUUCUCGAUACUAAAUAUUUACAAUUGUAUGAACUUGAAGUGUCCCAAAAGAUAAUUACCAACACUAAUGGAAUUCUUUCAGAGCAAAAUACUCCUCUUCAAGUCCAAAAGUGAGAAGGGAAUCUUCCUCAUGCAAAUCAAACGCUUUUACAAGAAUUCAAUAUCAAUCAGUAUGUUUGUAUUGCAAACAAGAACUAUUCGAUAGGUGGAGACAGAUACUCGUCAAUAUAAGAAAAUCAAUCAGCAUUUCUCUUAAAAAAUGAGACUCUUCAAAACGUACUGAUUGCAAAACUACCAGUGAGAUUGACCAAGAUUCAGUGACUAGAGAACUUGAAGUACUGAUGAUUGAUAGCUAUUUCCACCUUAAUAAUAUCAAUGAUCCAGUGCAGACCUUCCUCACUCAAGAGUAUUUCUUCUCAAUGCAGCCUAAUUUUGUUCAAGAAGCAGAAAUAUUCCUCACUGAAAAUAAAAUUGAAAGAGAAGACGAUUACACACUAAUCCGGGGACAGAAGAGUAGUAUUUUCUACACAACUAAAAGAGGAAAUGAUCAAAUAUUCCAAGAUACCACGAAUACAGAUUAUACAAGGCUGGAUAUCUUAUUGGACUCACGGAUUAAUUUCUACAGCAGAGAUGUCUUCACUAUUCUCGAUGUACUUUCCAGCAUCGGUGGGUUGUAUACACUAUUCCAAUCAUUCUUUGGGUUCAUCAUAGGAUUUUACACACAGAAGAUGUUUUAUUACUCAAUACUCUCAAAAUGAUACACUUACGAUGUAAAAGAAAACUCUGAGCACCUAAGUUCAGACAACAAAGUUCAUAAUAUGGAGGCAUCCUGAAAUGAUAUUAAUCCUAAAAAGCUCGAUGUUUCACGGGAUCAUCUGCAAAUAAACCAAAGCCAAUUUUGUCAUCCGAAAUUCUAUCACAAAGAAUCUCUUCCCAGUACUGAAAAUUACAAGAAAAGUGAAGAAUACGAAGGAGGGAUGAGCGAACAAGUCAAUUCAACUUCUGCCAACCCCAUUAAGAAAUUCUCUUUGGAAGAAAAGCUAGUAAUUCUCGAGGAGAAAGUCAAAAAUAUCAAAAAGUUCAAAUACACUCGUAGGAACUCCCUAUACGGUAUUCUGUGCUGUUUCAAGUGUAAAUAAAUUGUGCAAGAGCUCAUACCAGAAUUACCAAGUGUUUCAGCAAGGGAUAGAGAGGUAUUCCCAACAAAUGGAUAUCUCCAAUAUAGUUUCUUCUAUGCGUCGAGUAGAAACUCUUCUUAAUAUUGUGCUCACAGACCAGCAGAAAGAGCUGCUGAGGUACAUACAGGAUAAAGGAUCUGAAAAAUGAAGUUCAUCCGUUUAUAACCAGGAGAGAAAUUCAAAUGAUGGUAUAAUCGUUUCCAAAAUGCCAAAAUCAAAAGAUAUUGAUACUUCAAACGAAAAGCUUGGGAGGUUGAUUAAUGAUUACAAGCAUAAAUAGCCUGACUAAAAUUGAUACGAAACUGUUAAACCAAAUAUGCCCAAAUAUAUUUGGCGAAAACUCAUAUCGAAGAUCGUGAGAGUCACCAACAAGAAAAGAAGAAUACAAAAUAGAAGACGACUUUGUUAAAAAUAGGAAGCCUAGACACAAGAAUGAUAGCAUACAAUCGUCUAGUAGCUUAUCUCACUAUCAAAUGUAAACUCUGCCUAAAAAUACCAUUAGUG